UCAAUCAUCAUGCAAUUCACCUGGUUCUUUGCCGUCAUCUUCGCUUUGUUCGCUCUCGUAUCGGGCCAAAGCUGUCCUGGCAACUCCAAAUUGGAUAAGUCCACUAACUUGUGUCUUGCCGAACGUCCCAUUCACGGUGAAUGUCCACAAAAUUUCAAAUACAACAUCAACAUUAACAAAUGUACCUACGCUUUAAGAUAAACUUAUUGAUUGUUAAUUGUUUAAAAUUUUUUAAAUAAUAAAAUAUGAAAUUUAAAUGAAAAUUAUAUUUUGCGUAAAA